AUGAACAAGGGCACAUUCUUGACGGAGAUCGAGAUCCUUGAAGAAUUGGUUGGUUGGAAAGAUCGACAGGAACCCACUCAGAACUGCAAGCGAUCGGCAGCCUCAGACAACAUCCCCGCCGAGGCCCCUGGGCCCUUGCUUGAUGUCAAAAACCUCCGGGCCGUCUGUGAAUAUGCUCUGGUCCCCUGCGUGGUGAUCUACGUCGGCCUUGACAGCAUUGUAAUUGCCGUAGUCGCAAGCCUGUACGAGUCCGAGUGGAAUAUCAUCGUCCCCGCGUGUUCUCAAACAUGA